AUGAAACGAACAGAACAUAGCUGGAUGUAUGAAAGGAAGGUUGGACAUUUUAUUAAUCCGGAUUUUGUGAAAGGGGUAGAUGAAUUCCUUAAAUACGUGGAAGAUCAUCCCGAGAGCAGCAACCCGAAUGAAGUUAGGUGUCCAUGUUUUAAAUGUAAGAACAAGCGGCUAUGGUAUGCGGAAACGGUUAAAAUUCAUUUGUACCGCAAGGGUUUUGUGCCUAAUUACUAUGAGUGGAUGUGUCAUGGGGAAGGGUUUCCGGGAGUUCCUGAAGGGCCGUCAAAUGAAUACCGUGAAAUGGUUUUCGAUGCUUUUGGUCAUAAUGAAGAUCAAGGGCAUUCUGAAGAGGCAGAGGAGGAGCCUAAUGCACAAGCUAAGCAUUUCUUAGAUUUGUUAAAAGCUUCCGAACAACCAUUAUACAAAGGGAGUUCGUUGUCUGUCUUAGAGAUGGCUGCCCGAAUUACUAGUCUUAAGUGCGAGUAUAAUUUGCCCCAUAGAUGUGUUGAUGGGUUUGCUUCUUUGGUCAAUGAGGCUAUUCUUAACAACAACCAUAUGGCCGAUACAUUCUAUGAGGUGAAGAAGAUUGUAAAGGGGUUGGAGUUGCCUCAUGAAAAGAUUCAUGCAUGCCCGAAAGGAUGUAUGCUAUUUUGGAAGGAUGAUGUUCAACUAUCUUCUUGUCGGGUGUGUGGUAGCGACCGAUACAAGAAGACUUCCAAAGGUAGCUUAGUGCCUUUGAAUGUUUUAAUUUACUUUCCGAUCACACCGAGAUUGCAAAGGCUCUAUGCAACCAAGAACAUUUCGGAGGAAAUGACAUGGCAUUCGAAAAAUCCUCGAGUUCAAGACACAAUGGCGCACCCUAGUGAUAGUGAAGCUUGGAAACACCUUGACAAUUGCUUCCCAGAAUUUUCCAAUGAGCCUCGUAAUGUUCGACUUGGCUUGUGUACAGAUGGUUUUGCUCCUCAUGGUAAGUUUGGGGGACAAUAUUCUUGUUGGCCUGUCAUAUUGACCCCUUAUAACUUGCCUCCCUCAAUGUGUAUGAAAAGACAACUCAUGUUUCUUUCAUUGCUUGUUCCUGGUCCUAAGAACCCUAAGGGCAAUUUGGAUGUGUAUAUGCAACCGCUGGUAGAAGAGUUGAAGCAUUUAUGGGAAGUUGGCGCAAAUACUUAUGACAUUUCAAGGAAACAAAAUUUUAAUCUUCGAGCAGCCAUCCUGUGGACCAUUAGUGACUUCCCAGCUUACGGUAUGUUGUCUGGUUGGACCACAGCGGGUAAGAAGGCUUGUCCUUAUUGUAUGGAUAAAAGCAAAGCAUUUUGGCUUGAACAUGGUGGCAAAGUUUCUUGGUUUGAUUGCCAUCGCCAAUUCCUUCCAACAGAACACCCUUUUCGAAAAAGCAAAACUGCAUUUUAUAAAAACAAAGUAGAAAAAGGUUCAUCGCCACACAUCAUGUCAGGUGAGGAAUUGUGGGAAUGUGUGAGACACCUUCCAAAGGCAACUGAUGGAGCGGAGGCAUUGAAACACCUAAAAAAAGCAAAAAAGGGGUGGUUCAAGCAAAGCUCGUUGUGGGAACUUCCUUAUUGGAAGCAUUUGCUCAUCCGUCACAACUUGGAUGUCAUGCACAUUGAAAAGAACUUCUUUGAUCAGCUAAUCCACACCAUAAUGGAUGUGAAAAAGCAUACAUGUGACACGCCAUCGGCUCGAAAUGACAUUGCCAAAUAUUGUAAACGGCCACAACUUCAUAUGGAUGAAGAUGAUAGAGGAAAAGAGUUUAUGCCAAAAGCCCCAUUCGCUCUUGACAAGGCUCAAAGAAAAGUGUUGUGUGAAUGGGUUAAACAGUUGCGUUUUCCAGAUGGAUAUGCCUCCAAUUUGAGAAGAUGCGUAGAUUUACAAGCCUGUAAGCUUCAUGGAAUGAAAAGCCACGACUGUCACGUGUUCAUGGAGAGGUGUUCCAGAUCAUGCCAUAUCACAUUCGAUCCUGAGAUCGAACGAUCUUUACAUAGACAAAAGAAUCUUUACAGGCAAAUCCUGGCGGGUUCUGGUGAUAACAAUAAUCGCCUAGACCCUCCAACUGAUUCUAGCGAUUCAGAGGUAUCUUCAGAUCCAGAAUCAGAGAUGGCGAUACCUAAGAAGCUCAGCAAACUAGGGUCACACAGGACCAAAUCAGACUGGGAGACUCUUGUUUUAAAUUUUUAUAAUAAAUAUUACCCUGAAGAGAGAACAGCUGUACUAAGGAGUGCCAUUCAGAACUUUGCCCAAGUUCCAGAUGAAACUCUAUAUGAGGCUUGGGAGAGCUAG